CUGCAUUUGCUGGAGGUCAGCAUACCUGGUGGCUGUACAGGCGCUCACAACUGGCUUUUCUCCUUCGACGGAACAAGAUGUUCCCUCUCGCCCUCUUCGUCGCCCUCGCCUUGGGUGGCACCGAUGCGCAAAGCCGACUUGGAACGUACAAGGUGGACCUGGCGGCAGUGUCAGUGUCGGGGCUGUCUUCGGGCGGUUGCAUGGCCACUCAGUUCCACGUGGCCCACUCCAAGAGCAUCAUGGGCGUCGCAGUCAUCGCAGGGGCUCCCUACUACUGCGCACAGAACAGCGCGCUCACAGCCACGGAGACAUGCAUGAAAAGGCCGGAGAGCGUAGCCGUCUCCUACCUGCAGCAGGUGACGCGCAAUGCCCAAAACAUCCUGUCCAUCGACCACACGUCGCACAUGAGCUCGGCGCGCGUCUUCCUGUUCGCGGGCACCAAGGACUCCACCGUCCACCCGGGGAUAAUUAGCAAGGUGCAGGAGUACUAUCAGGAUUUUGUGACCGCGGCUGGCUCCAUCCGCACCGUCCUGGACAUCCCUGCUGAGCAUGGAUUUCCCACGGUGAGCACUGGCGGAGCGUGUGGCUCCCAAAAUUCAGACUACAUCAACAGCUGUGGCUACCACGCCGCCUUUGAGCUCCUCAACCACAUCUAUGGAGGAGGCCUCCAGAGGCCCAGCGAGUCUCAUCAACCUGAGGGAGAGCUCAUUAACUUCGACCAAAAGGAAUAUUUCAAUUUCUCCCCGCCCUCCACGUAUGGCAUGGACAACAGCGGGUACGCUUACGUGCCGCGCGCGUGUGCAGCCGGAGACGUGUGCAAACUUCACAUCGCGUUCCAUGGCUGCAAGCAGGGAAAGGAGAAACUGGGAGAUAAGUACGCGAGGCUGCUGGGCUACAACGAGGUUGGAGACCUCAACAACAUCAUCAUCUUGUACCCACAAGCGCGAUCCACUCUCUCCAAUCCCCUGGGAUGCUGGGACUGGUGGGGCUACACUGGAACAGCUUAUGCUUCAGGCAGUGGCUUUCAGGUGACUGCAGUGAAGAGGAUGAUGGAUCGUGUUACGGGCUAAGGAAGACAUCAUCAUCAUCCAAAUCAUAAACAUCAAUUUCAUCACCCCAACGAGUGUCUCCAUGCUCAAAUGACAAAUGGAGAUGUAAACAUUUCCGCUGAUGAAUCUGAACCAGUAGUGCGAAUUAAAUAUUCCCAGGGCCUAGACCACUCUCUUCAUUGGACAACCUAUGCUGACCUGCAGGUACUGUAUUCACUUAUCGUAAUACUAGCAUCAUAAUCCUGAAACGCCCCACAAGUUUAAUCACAUUGCCAGUAAUUGAUGAUAAGUGAGUAAUGGCCAUCACGCCAUCAUGGUCUGUGUCAUCAUCUUAAACAUGACAUUGCCUUUAAAAGCGAGCAUAUAUCUUGCUGUGUUUUGUUUUUAUAUAUGAUGACAUCAAUUGGUGUUGGCGACGAUUAUAUUUUACACGCAGCACUGCAUUUCACUAAUGAUUCUCAAGUGAUACUUGGUGUUGCGUUAAUAUGAUGAAUAUCGGUACCUGCAUGCACAUAUCAAGGUAUGAAUAAUGAUCCGGUAACGAGGACACGCGUACCUUUCAUCACUUAAUAAACAUAGAAUCGGCACUAUCAUGACAUCUUCAUUGUGAUCACUUCAAUAUCAUCAACAGUAUUGUGAUAUUGUAAUCUAUGUGACAUGGUUUAAUGAAUAAAAAAAAUACUGUCCUUUACAGGAUGUUAUUGGCUUAUUUUCCAUUUGCGAAUGACCCUGGCAGAGACAUCAAAGAAAUGUUUCAGUGGUUAUAUCAUCAGAGAUCUUUCCGACUGCAAUCACCAGACAGCGCUUGUUGGCGAACCAUUAUGUGGAUAAUGGUUCGCCAGGUGCACCUACUCUGGUCUAAGCCAAAUUAACUUGAACUCCGCAUUUAGGUCGUGAAUUGUGCGCAGCUCAUGUGGAUCUCAAUGAUAAUUGUCCUUUGUUCAGGUUGAAGCUCAAUGUGAUUUUCUUUUUUCAAUUAUCAGGAUCUUUAGAAUAGUUCUUACUUUAAGAAAAGCAUACUUUAAUUGGCGGUAACUUAAAUUGUUGAGCUUGGGUAAAGAUAUUACAAGACACUUCUGUGAAAUACAUCCAUCAUGGUUGGUCAACAUCACUGCAAUCAUCACGAUUAUAAUCAUGAUGUGAUUUUUUUACAAGCUAGUGUCAAUCUUAGUUUCUGAAGAUCUAAUGAUAGUGUCCAUAUCACGGUAUACUUUGACAUAAAACUAUAUAUCCAAUGCAACAUGUUAAUAAAGUUCUAUAUUGGCA